AUGUCAUCGGCGAUAGUGGGACGCCUCCUGCGAGCGCGAGCGCUCAAGCAGUUGGAAAAGGACUACACGUUCCCGUUUGAACGGCUCACCGCCAAACAAGCCGCCGAUGCAGUGCCCACACCCCCCAAAGUCGCCCCGCUGAAAAAGCUUAACCACUCCAUCGCCCGGCCAGAACACAUCGCCGACUUCCACGCCCGCUUUCGUGCCAAGGAUCUCCUCACUCUGACGCUUUCCCGUAAGCGUCAAGCUCUUGGUUACCCGUUACGCCACACCGACGGUAAAAUCGCCCCGGUGAACUUACACUAUGCUAACUUACUCUUCCAGUGGGCCGACGAGUAUAAUCAACAGGUCGUGGCGUUAACAGCGAUUCCUGAGCCCGGUUUACGGCUUAAAGUGCCGCAAGCGAUCACUGAACGCCUACAACUGUUUGACGGACCCCAACGGGGAGACCCCUCCGCUUUGGCCGAAUGGGUACAGCUAUGGCGUCCGCAGCUGGCGACUAACCCAGACCCCGUCCCCUUUGACACCUUUGCCCUUUACUUAGUGGAAUCGUGGGCUGAUAUGCGUGAUGUGGUCAAAUUCGUGUCGCAGCACUGGACCCAUCUCACUUCCACUGGACGCACCAGUUUCGUGCUGAGCUGUCUCCACCGUCUCUUCCAGAACUCCCAAGAAGGGGCUGCUGAUCUCUGUGCCAUGUUGGCUACCCACACAGUGCGGUGGGACCAGUUGUCGUCGCUGGACCUCGACCAGCUUGCAGCACAGAUGUUUGCCCUGGACCAGGUCCCGUUGGGGCUUGAUCUCCUCAAAAUCAUCGUCAAUAAGCGUCGCCAGGUCCCCACCCGCGCCACCUGGGAGCGCUGCGUCAAGCUCCAUCUCCACGGCAACGGCGACGCCCUCAUCCCGUUCAAACUGGUAUUCCACCAUCGGGCUCCGCUGCCGGUGGAAGUUGAGUUUUUGCUAAACCAUGUCCACCACGUGACCCAGCUCGAACUCUUUGUCACUCAUAGCGCCACCGAAACGCUAGUGGAGUUCCAAAUCCCCAUCUUCUCGAAAUUGGUCGAGUUACAGCGCGACAACGCUACUGACGCCACGGCAGCGCUGUUGGAAUUGACCCAGUUGGUGCGCUACUACCAGAGCCGCAACAUCCGCCUCCGGGCACGGGCGUUGGAAGUGUUGGGUGAGGCCUACUUGGCCGUCGGUGACACCGCCAACAUUGAGUACUUGAGAGGGAUGGCUCGUUAA